UUUUUUUUUUAAACACACCCUGAAGUAAUGUUAGCUUGCUAGAGUGGAAUGACAAAUUCGAGCCACGGACACUUUUCCACUUAAAUGUUCAUAAAGCUGCUGCUUUUUGUGGAAAGCCAACUGGCUUCGAAGAUAGUUUUAACCACUAACUCUGUAAGAUAACGUUCAAUGUUACCGUGUCAGCUAAAUUUGCUGUUGCUAGCGUACUCUGUAAACUUUAAUGCUGUAUUUAGCUUGCUAGCUAGCAAAUCUGAACGUUAAAGUUUUGUUGACUUUUAAGUUGCUUAACUCCUCCAAUUGUCCUCCAAGUAUAGUCCCAUAAAAAACAGUAAAAGCCAUGGUUUCUACUGAGAGAAGACAAUGCAGGGAAGCGUCGAUUUGGUUUGUUUUUUGGUCAGUGAUAUCUUGUUUCAUCUUGUGACUUGCACACGCCUGUCACAAACCUCGUCAAGAAUCACAAUGAAGCAGUUCUUAUGGCUUUGAGGAACACAUUUUACUGUUAUAGUAAUAGAGAACCGUUUUGCAUGCACCUGUAUCUGGUUUUAUUAUUUAGUACAGGACUGGGCGAUAUGGCAAAAACAAUCACAUUUUUUCCCCUUAUUGAUCAAUAACAUUAUUUAUCACGGUUUUUUUUAAUUUUUGUUGGUACAUCCAGUGCCUGAAGAAACUGGAGAUUUAAAAAGAUAAGUGUAGCUAAACAGUAAUAAUGCCUUUAAAAGGUAAAGGUACAUUGUUUCUGUGAAGGUCUCACAUUACAUCAAGCCCACCACUGGCCAAGAGAUGAGCAGUGCCCUCUAUUGGCAAAAUAAAAUUAGGAGCAGCGCCCUUUCCACAUACGGAGUCAUCUGAAAAAUAAACAGGUGCAGGCUACUAUGGUGGAGAAAGAGACAGCUCUGUUGAGAAGAAUCGAGAUUAGUGUGCCGGAGGCAGAGAAGAGAACUGGGAAGAACACGGUUAACAUGCAGGAAAUCUACACUGUCUACCUCAUAGAAACACGGCCGACUGAAACUGUCAUAGAGGGAGAUACGUCAGCUGCACCUGACAGUUUGUGGAGACGCUACAGUGAGUUUGAGUUGCUAAGAAUGUACCUUCUGGUCACUUACCCCUACAUCGUCAUCCCUCCACUACCUGAGAAAAGGGCAGAGUUUGUGUGGCACAAACUGUCAGCAGACAACCUUGACCCAGACUUUGUUGAGCGACGCAGAGUUGGACUGGAAAACUUUCUGUUGCGUGUUGCAUCACAUCAUAUCCUUGCUGAUGAUGAAAUAUUCUUCCGCUUUCUUACUGAGGAGAAAAGAUGGAAGGAGGAGGUUUUGGUGACUGGCUUCCAAGACAAGGCUGAUUCCAGACUCAAGUCUCUGAGUGCCAUGUUCAGAGUCAAGAACCCUGACAAGCAAUUUACAGAACUUAAACACUACAGUGAAGAACUGAACACCGCCAUCUCCCAGCUACUCCGGGUCAGGGCGAGAGUAGCAGACAGGCUGUAUGGAGUUUACAAGGUCCACGGAAACUACGGUAGAGUCUUCAGUGAGUGGAGUGCAAUCGAAAAUGAGAUGGGUGAUGGACUACAGAGUGCUGGUCACCACAUGGACACAUAUGCUGCGUCAAUAGAUGACAUUCUGGAGGAAGAAGAACAUUAUGCAGACCAACUGAAAGAAUACCUUUUCUACACCGACGCUGUGAGGUCAGUAUGUAGGAAACAUGAGUUGAUACAGUAUGAGUUGGAGAUGGCAGUUCAAGACCUUGCCAAUAAGAAACAGCAGAAAGAAGAGCUUACAUCUGGGACAGUGCGAAUCUUCUCACUGAAGGGGAUGACGAGCAAACUCUUUGGCCAGGAGAGCCAGGAGCAGAGGGAGAGCAGGUUGGCAGCCCUGCAGCAGAGUAUAGAGGACGGAGAGGAUGCAGUCAUGGAGAAAAACAAAGAGUGCCGAGUGUUUUUGCAGACAGCCUGGAAAGACAUUGAGCGGUUUAAGGAGCAGAAAGACAAAGAUUUGCGUGACGCACUUAUCAGCUAUGCCAUUAUGCAGAUCAGCAUGUGCAAGAAGGGAAUCCAGGUGUGGUCAAACGCCAAGGAGUGUUUCAACAAAAUGUGAGCCGUUUUUGCAGCCAAUCACACUUUGCACCAAAACAACAGGCAAUCAGUCUGUGUCAGCAAUUCAUAAUGCUGCCGUCUUAUGGAAACAGGCCAGGAGAAUCCAAUUACUGCUUUCUCUUGGCUUGCCAUUAAAUCAGUCAUUUGACGAGUCCAUGUAUUUUAAACCCGUCUGCAAACGAUCCAAGUUUUCCAUACUGGGCCUGAGUUGCAGAAAACAUUGAAAAGAGCAAACUCCUGCACUAAUCACGUACAAUGCUUCUCGAUUUAUUUCUCAUCCUGAAAAAUUAAUUAUCUGAGAGAGCUUCUCUGUCACCACAAGUUGAACACUGCAGCUUGUGAUUCAUGUGACAUAUUUUGAAAAUGCCUUAAAGAAACUGAAAUAAAUUGCAUGUUUUACUUUAGGAGCACUUUUAUGCUCACUUAAUUCUAACUGCCUCAAAGACUUUCGUUGAUAAUUAUUAUUUUUUUAAUCUGCAGAAGCAUAAGAUGGGACAUGUUCUCAUGACAGAUUUUUUUGUCCUUAAUUAUAAAUGCAACACUUGAAAUGUCUACAUACAUCUGUCAAAAACAAAAUGCUACAAAUCAGAUUGUUAAGAAGCAUGGACCACACACAAGAAAACCACUACUCAGUUACAUCCUCUCACUUCCUCUUUCAUCAUAAACACGUUUCUGCUGAUGUCAGACUUAAUGUUAUUAUUGACGACAUGUGACCAAAGUGCUCGUGACCAACCACGCACCUGUACAGGCCAGGUGGGACACAUCAUUUGGGAUAGUUAUGGGAUUUUUUUCAUAUUUGUGCCAAAAAACAAAGAGCCAUGAGCAAGUUCAGCCGGGAACACCUCAGUUUGUUUUGUUGUUUGUUUAUUGGGAGUCUUUUUUUUUGUGCGAAUGAAUUGUGGCAACCCCACAAACUACCUUGUUCCAAGUGAGAUCAUACAUGUUAAAAGCAACACACAUAAAGAUCAAUACCAGAGCCUUUUAUUUGUUUUAAUCUUCCUAGCCUUAAUACUAAGACUGGUUUUGCACAUGGGAGGACAAAAUAAAUUGCUGACAUGGUGUUAAGUUGCUGCACUUAAUUGAACCAAGUACCAAGCAUACUUGGAUGAUUGUUAAUUAAGACUAAUGACCAAAAUGUAGAAACCUUUAAAGUACUGAUGUGUAAGUUCUCACACUCUUGCUUAGCACAUCCAGUAAUACAUUUCCAAUAUGUGUGUUAUGUUUGGUACCAAUCGAUGUGGACAUCUGAAAGUUAUGCAGAGAUCAUUUUCUAUCAGCAAAUCCUGCAUUUGUCUUGAGUAAAGGUGAUCAGUGGAUAAUCAUGGAUUAUGUUUUUAAUAAUAAUAAACAUGUUCAAUCAGAAUUCACUAAAUUCACUGUGCUAAGACACUAAUAAACAUUUCCUAUUACCUGUACUCUUGCAUGUGUGUGCCAGUCAUGAAGAACUGCUGGUUUUGUUCCACAUUUAACACCUGAGUCAUUAUUUGAAAAGCUUUUGUCGGUUUCAUUUUGUUUGUCUUUGGGGGUAAAAGAAACGGAGCACAUUCUAAAGGUCUAAAUAUAGUAAAUCAUAUGUGUCAGAAUAACAUGCUGCCGUUUCACCGCGGUUAGGGCAUUCCUGUUUUUUUCCACGACACCUGUGGUGAUAAGAAAAUCACGAGUGUGUUUCUAUGUUUUUUCCUGUAACUGUAUGCGUAAAUCACUGUUAAAAACAAGGCAGUGUCACAUUAAAAGUCUGCAUUUAA